UUUACUUCGGUUUAUGCCAGCAGUAUCACGUAACAAGUAUUGAAUUGAGCAUAGUGCAGAAUACUCAAGUGAAAAAAUUUUAGAUAUAGGAAUACAAUUGUUAAUUCGUGUAACGUGAAACUGCUGGUAUGAAUCCUGCUUGAGGUGUAAAAGAUUGAGUUUUCAAUUAAUUACCUUGGCGGCAUCAACAAAAUAAGAAGAAAUCAAUUUUUGUUUGUGAAUAUAACACUGUGAUAACGGAAUUAUGACGCAAAAUGCAAUCGACCGAAAAGACAAAUCAACUAUCUCAAUGCUGAUACCGUUUAUAACAUCAGCAAUAAUGUAUUUUUCGUUGAUUCAACAUACGGAACGCAGCAGCACAUCUUCAACAGUGCUUAAAUGCAUGCCCAUAUUCAGUUUACUAUUUUAUGUGAUGUUGAAGGAUUCUAAAGCAAGUAGAAAGGCAAAUUAUCACAGUCGCAUUUUCUACGGCCUUGUGUUUUCUGUUUUGGGAGAUUUUUUAUUAAAUUAUGAAUUAUUUGAACCCGGCAUGGGUGCUUUUGGUGUGGCGCAAAUAUUCUACAUAUGGGCGUUUGGAAUGAAACUAAACAAACUAUGGAUUGGUACAAUUUUAUACCUAACAGGGUUUUUAGCAAUCACGCUAUUUUUUGAAAAUUUAAAUACGGUGAUUAAAUUUUGCCUACCAUUUUAUGCUAUUCUAUUGUUAACCAUGAGCUGGAGAUCAUUGGCUAGAAUCGACAGAUCGGAUAGCUAUUUGCGGAUUGUGUGUGGCAUUGCCAGUAUAUUAUUUGUAAUAUCUGACGGUAUAAUAGCAAUCGACAAAUUUUUCACUCCUAUAAAAUCGGCACAAACGUAUAUCAUGAUAACGUACUAUCUCGCGCAAGUCGGAAUCACGCUUAGUAUUAAUGAUGUUCAACUGUAUAAGACUUCAACUUUUACGGAAUCCUCCAGGCAAAGAGACAACAAAUCUAAACAUAAAUCGUACUAAACAAAAAGCAAACCUAAUUUUAAUGAAGGUAGCAUUCAAAGGAUGAACUGAAACAAAAAUCUAAUGUUGUUCAUCUUUUUUUUUUUACUAUUCUAAACAUCUUUUCUGUGUCGUUAAAGUCACAACAAACAUACAAACACAUACAUAGACGAUAAUCUGUCUAUUUCAGAACAUUUUUUUUAUUUGUAUUACAUGUACUGGGAUAUAUUAUUCAGAAUUAUGGGAUUAUGGUAAAAGGUAUUAAAAUCGGACAACAACUUGAAGGCUACAAUAUAGGCAGGGCAAAAGAUGAAUGAUAGAUUUUUUUAAUGAAUUAGAGCAUGUUAACAUGGACUGACACGGCCAAACUAAUAAACAUUAGCAAAAUAAAAAUUUAACAGUCUA